UCAGUUACAUUCUCGUCAAGGCGACCACGGCGACGACGAAGAAGAAGAAGAAGAAGGAAAGGGGACAGAAAAGCGGCUACGUGAGCAAUGGUAUCACAAUACGGCAUCAAGUUCGCCGUCAGCAUCAUUUCUUCCCACUUCGGUGAUCUCGUAGCUAAAGUAUGUGAAUGUCUCCUGCGCAAAGGAACUCUUUCCCUGGCGGAAUUGGUUCGAUACACCGAACUCCAGAAUAGUCAAGUGAAGAACUGUCUGCUCGUUCUAAUUCAACACAACUGCGUUCAACCUUUUUCCGUCCAGAAAGAUGGUGGAUUCGGGGUCGCUCCGAAGGUUGUCACUCAAUACACUGUGCAAUUCGAUAACAUCCUUCAUCGCUUGAGGUUCUCCAAAUUUAUGGCUAUUGUAUCCGAGGAACUCGAUAAAGAGUGCGAAGAACUCCUUGAACCUUUACUUCAACACGGUAGGCUUACCUUGGAACAAAUCUCACAGCGGGCGCAGUCCAUAUCUAAGAACGAUUGGAGUACUGCUGUUCAGGAUGCUUUGCGAGAAAAUUUUGUUAGACUUGUCAAUGCCCGUUAUGUGGAACGCUGUCCAGAUCCGGAGCCCUUUAUUGCACCACCAGAUGAAGAUACUCCUUCGUCCGGUAAACCUGGUGCUAAGGCUGCCAAGCUGGCUAAAAGAACUGCACCAACUAUAGAACAACGAGCUAUAACAGCUGCAGCUCCUUUGGAGUCCAAAAGAUUUGCAAUUAUGACAGAUAUGGGGACUGAUUCUAGAGGAGAAGAAACUGCGGGUCAACCUCCCAAUACGAAACUAGGGGAAAAGCGUAAGUACGGGGAAUUGGAGAUGGAUAGAGAAACUAUGGUUACUAUUUCAGAGAAAGAAGUUCUUUGGCGAGCCAAUUUUGAGGCAUUUGUACGUCAUCUUAGGCAUAAGGCUUGUGUUUCAAAUGUGAUAGCAAGGCUUGAUGAUGGAGCUGGAACUGUAUUAAAUGCAAUGCUGGAGUCAACAAAAUAUGCAGAGAGCAAAGUUAAAACAGAGAAUUCAGCCCCCUUGACGAUGGAUACUAUUUUAGAAGAAGUGAUGAAAAGUGCAAAAGGUCGUACUAUGACCUUAGAACGUGUUAGAGCUGCACUCAGUCAAUUGGGUUGUGAUCCCACUACAAGAGUGGCUGAAGAUUCAUAUACCGUUGAUUUGAGGAGCAUUAUUGAAAGUGCGCAAAAUGAGGAGGUGGAAGCCAUUGUUCUGAAAAGAUAUGGUCGAGAAGCCUAUAGGGUAUUCAGAUUUCUUUUAAAGACUGGUCGCUUAGCUGAGACAGACAAGAUUGCAGAUACAACAUUUGUAGAAAAGAAAGAAAUAGUCAAGAUUCUUUGUAAUCUUUGGAAGGGUAACUUCUUGCAUUUGGAGAGAAUAUCUUCACAUGUAGGAUCUAAGCCGUUACUUUUUCUGUUGUGGAAAGUGAACAAAAUUUCUGUUUGGGAAAAUAUAUUAGAUGAAAUGUGGCAUGCUGCCUUAAAUUUGAGUCAACGGGUGGCUUAUGAGCUUGAAAAAGAACACGAGAUUCUGCAACUUCCACGAGAAAAGCGAGUUGGUGCCCAAGGGAAAAGAUUUGAACGCAUAAGAAAAGUCAAGAUACUCUUGGAAUCAUCCCUGAUGAAACUUGAUGACGCCCUCUUGCUAUUCCAUGACUUCUAAAUAUAUGAUAUUUAUGGUAGUAAUGUUGGACUUUAACUAGGAAGGGUAGCAGUCUAAUUUCUUCUAUUUAGAACCAUAACUAAUUCAAUCUCCCACACUUAUUUUCCUGCAUCUUCUCAAUCCCAUUUUCUUCCAUUUUUCUGAAGCAGGUUUUUGUAGGAACUGUACAGUGAUUUAUUUCAGAUAUAUAAUUUUUUUUU